AUGUAAGUUGUAAAGUUUCGUUUUGUUUUGAUCUUAACCUUGAUUCAUCACGCCAGUUAGAUCCUUUGUAGUCCUCAGUAUAGUCUUCUCUCUAUUUGAUCAUCUUUAUUUUCGUUACCAUUUAGGAUAAAAGCUCUGCUACUUUCCGUCCAAACGUAAUGAAUACUAAAAUGAUCGUUUUUUGCCUGAGUCGCCCUCGACUUUUUGUGUGUAAAUUAAAGAAGUUCCAAAAAAGCUCUUCAGCCAAAAAUGAAACUUUGUCAUGUAACUGACGUUUGUUUAACAAUGCGUUUAUUAUUGUUCAGUCUUUUCAUUCAAUAUAAUUCAGUUCAUGGAAUUUAGUUGAAAGGCCACGAUGCAACUCAUCAUCAGAAACUCAUCCAUAUAAUUAUCGUUUUGGUCUACAUUUUGUUCCGCUACAUGGAAAAAAUAUUCUGUUUUUCAGAGUUUGACUUUUGUUUCCAAUCAGUAUUUUCACUUCAAAGGCAGGAAAAUUUGUCCAACCAAUUUUAUUAUUACACUCACUCGAAACUGCGGUGCGGAUUUUCACAGUAGAAUUCCACUUGAGUUCCACGUCACUAUAAUUAUAUAUAUUCAAAGCACUUGCUGUUUCGUUGCUUAGAAAUGUUGCUUUUAGCAAUUAUAAAGACGGCUCGUCUCGCCGAAUUUUCUCAUCCAAGAUUUAAUAUUUAGAGGCUUCGUGAUCAACGGAUGCGUGAACGGUAUCUCGCUCACUUUUGUUUGCAAGAAAUCGUUGCGCAUGCCCUUAGGUGUUACGCAAAAAGGCAGCUGACCAGUGGAAAUUAGAGGAAAGCCGUUUCACGUCACUAAACUUAUCUUCGUCUUGUUGCAUUUUUCAGGAAGUCAAUGUGUCUGUCUACCACCUUCAUCAUGUCGCUAGCGACAGUAGUAAUUCUAUUUUGCAUUGAGAGGCCGCUCGUCGCUGGUUAUCAGAAAAUCAAACAAAACGAAGGAACAAAAUAUGAAGUUAAAAUUUGCAAAUCUCCAUCAGAUGUUGAAUAUAUUUUAAAUUACAUUUGCCGAAAGAAGAGGAAAAGAGUUUUAACUGGUAGGUUUUUUUACGUGUACAGUGAGUUAAGAAUGAAAUGAAAAUUACAUAUUCAAUUUACUCGCUUAUGGCCUCUUUACUCUGUUUUUGUGCAGAUCAGAAUUUUUUACAACCUCCAGAAAAAGCACGAAGUUUUCUUCGAAAAUCUACCAUCACAUAUGUUACAAAUUAUCCAUUGUUUUAUGAAGAAUGCUGCAUAGAGGGAUGUCGUAAAGAAGAAGUCUUGGAACAUUGUGUAGUUUCAUAUAAAUAA